ACGUUGACGGACGCGUCACGGCGGCGUAAAAUUUGAAUUUGUAGCAAACGUUAGAACGACGUGGCCGAACGAUGCGCGUUCGUGUUUUGAGUUAAUGUGUUUGACAGUGUUGAAGUGUUAAGCGUAACGGUAACUGUAACAGCACUUGGAUUCAAUUUCAUGUGUCUGUGUGUGUGUGUGUGCGUGUGAGCAUUUAAAAUUAACAACAAACUAUGCCAACUCAAGCACGUUCCGAGCAACGACAACUUGAAUGAACGCAUAGUUACAGUUGGAGUCACAGUCACAGUUGUAGUUACAGUUAUCAUUGCGCUUGCUGUCAUUGCAGCGCCUGCAGUUAUGCAAUGGAUUCCAUUCAGCCCCACAGUCGACAAAGGGCUGCAACUAAAUUUUUAACUAACGUCACACACAAUCGCAAGUAAAUUCGCGCGCUUAAGCAUAAACAUCGAGUCGAGCGCUUAACACGCAUAUAUAAAAUCGCCGCUGCACGCAUAAACAAAUAAAAUAAAAUAUACAGCAUACAACAAAAAGCAGCAAAGAUGAGAAUUAAAAUAUUUCCGCUGACAGCGGAUGCAACGUUGGCGCAACGGCGACACCGAAGCGCUUUCAAACUGCAGCGGAAACAUAAAAUGCCGGAAAUAUGCUCAUGGCUAAUUGUUGCCGCCGCCGCUGCAGCAGCCUCAACCAUUUGGCUAACCCUAGCCCGUACGCUGGUCGUCACCGCCACCGCCGCCGCCCAGGAGGACGACCAGGACAGUCAAAUGCAUCAGCAUCAUCUCGAUUUGAUGCAUCAGCAUGAGCAAACUGAUUUCAUAAUUGGCGAAUCCGAGGAACACGAUCAUAUCGCACAUCAUUUGGCGGAAAUGCAAAAUCAUGAGGAGCUGCUGGAGGACAUACGUGAAGAUACGGCAAUCAAUACGAUACCAGAGAAAGAUCUGCCCAAAUUUGGUGAGCCGCUGCAAAAUGUAACCGUGCCCGUGAGUCGAGAGGCUGUGCUGCAAUGUGUUGUGGAUAACCUGCAGACCUAUAAGAUUGCGUGGCUACGUGUCGAUACACAGACCAUUUUAACGAUACAAAAUCACGUCAUAACUAAAAAUCAUCGCAUGAGCAUUACUCAUGCUGAGAAACGUGCUUGGAUAUUGCGUAUACGUGAUGUAAAGGAAUCGGACAAAGGCUGGUACAUGUGCCAAAUAAACACGGAUCCCAUGAAGAGUCAAGUGGGCUACUUAGACGUUGUGGUGCCACCAGACAUACUGGACUAUCCCACCAGCACCGAUAUGGUCAUACGCGAGGGCUCGAAUGUGACUCUCAAAUGUGCAGCGACCGGCUCGCCAACACCAACGAUAACCUGGCGGCGCGAAGGGGGCGAACUGAUACCACUGCCCAAUGGGGCCGAGGCUAUUGCAUACAAUGGCUCAUUUUUGACCAUUGCCAAAGUGAAUCGCUUGAAUAUGGGCGCGUAUCUCUGCAUUGCCUCCAAUGGCAUACCGCCAACCGUUAGUAAGCGUGUCAUGCUCAUUGUGCAUUUUCCGCCAAUGAUUUGGAUACAAAAUCAAUUAGUGGGCGCUGCUCUGGCGCAGAACAUUUCAUUGGAAUGCCAAUCGGAGGCGUAUCCCAAGUCCAUUAAUUACUGGAUGAAGAACGAUACGAUUAUAGUGCCAGGUGAACGCUUCGUGCCGGAAACCUUCGAGGCGGGCUAUAAAAUCACAAUGCGUCUAACCAUCUACGAUGUUGACAUCCAGGACUUUGGUGUGUAUCGCUGCGUGGCCAAGAACUCGCUCGGCGACACAGAUGGUGCGAUCAAAUUGUAUCACAUACCACAAACUACAACAGUAACAACAAUGUCACCCACUGUAUCAAUCAAUACAGUGCCUGUCGUGGUGAGCAAGUUUAAUAAAGAGCAACGCUACAGCAGUAACUCCAACAACAACAAUAACAACAACAACAAUCAUAAGAAUCCCUACAACUUCAACAACAACAAUCAGCAAGCUGCUAACAAUAAAUCGCAACGCAGCAAACUCAAGCCGAUUGAUCAGCCGCCCUCGACGCUAAACAAUGUUUAUAUGGGCUCCACUUCGAGUCUAUGGAAUCUGCAGGAUCAUCAUUCAUCAGCCACCACACGCGGCAGAGAUCAGCAGCAUCCACAGCAGCAGCAUCAUGCGCCCGAUCGAGCGGAUGGCAAGAGCUCCAAUACACUUAAACACGAUGCCAAAUCGCUCACCGAUGACAUGGAUCGCACACAGGAUCUCAAGAGUCUGGCUACAACUUGGGCUUACGCGCCAGGCUUGCUCAGCUCAGUCGUUGCCUUGUGGGCGUGGCUGCAGUAGGGCGCAAAUGCUGCUGAGCGCGUAAUUUGUACAAACUAAAUGCAAGCGUAAUUCAAUUUAGAGUUAUACAUAUGUAACGGUACAUAUAUACUAGACAUAAGUUUCACACAUCGAUUUGGGCAAUGCAUGAAAAUCACUUAAUUUUUAAUUUUAUUUUAUUGCUUACAUCCAAUACGAUAUAAAUGUAUAAAGUUGUUGUUGUUUAUGGAAAGUCCAGAAAGCAAAAUAAAAGCGGAAAUACAAAGUAU